AUGUUCCCGGUGUCGUGUAAGCAAUUUAUUGGUUCCCCGAAAAUAGUACGACACUUGGUAGACCGUUAUUGCACUACCGAUCGUAUCUAUCGAGCGGCAUCUAUUUUGAAAGGUCGCUACGUUUCGACCGAUACUAAGGAUGAUCCUCAAAAGGAAAAGUCGAUUUUAUACAGGCAUCUUUACUCCCGAAUAUUGGCCGGCGGGCCCGUAACCGUUGCUGAAUAUAUGAGAGAAGUUUUGACAUCUCCAAGUGCUGGAUAUUACAUGAAUAGAGACGUUUUUGGCACUGAAGGUGACUUCACUACUUCCCCAGAAAUUAGUCAGCUAUUUGGAGAGAUGAUUGCCGUAUGGUCUGUAAACGAAUGGAGAAAAAUAAGCAACCGAUCUGUACAGCUGGUGGAAUUAGGUCCGGGUCGAGGAACCUUAUCAAAGGAUAUCCUGAGGGUUUACCACAAACUGGGAUUAUCCUCCAGAGUUUCAUUACAUUUGGUAGAGGUCAGCCCGACACUGUCUGACCUACAAGCAAAGAAUUUAUGCAAAACACAUGAAGAAAUUGACAAUGACAAAUCUCAAUCGUAUUACAAACAUGGUACGACAGAAGAUGGCGUCAGAGUAUACUGGUAUCGUACUAUCCAGGAUGUUCGUCCCGAUUUCAGCAUCAUAAUUGCACAAGAAUUUUUCGACGCUAUGCCCAUACACAAGUUUCAGAAAACCAACGAGGGUUGGAGAGAAAUUUUAAUCGACAUUGAUUCAGAGUCGAAAGAGAAAGAGAAAUUUCGCUACGUCUUGUCUAGGUCAGCUACACCGAAUACCAAGUUUUACAUCUCUGAAGAAGAACGCAGGGAUCAUGUUGAAACAAGUCCGGAAACCGCCGUGACUAUAGAUUAUAUUGCAAAUUUCCUCAUGGAAAAUGGAGGAUUAGCGCUCAUUGCUGACUAUGGUCAUGACGGAGAUCGAACAGACACGUUUCGAGCUUUCCGUAAUCACAAACAGCAGGAUCCACUCAUGAAUCCAGGAACAGCUGACUUGACUGCAGAUGUUGACUUUUCACUGCUGAGGAGAAUAGCGUGCCAAAAUAAUCGUCUGAUAUCUUUUGGCCCCGUCACGCAGAGGCAUUUUUUAAAGCAGCUUGGUAUUGACACCAGGCUGAUUAUGCUGUUGAAGAAAGCAUCCGACGACAGUACUAGAAAAGCAUUAAUUUCAGGAUACAGUAUGAUUACAGACGAAGACAAAAUGGGAAACUGUUUCAAAUUCUUGUCUCUGUUCCCCUCAGUGUUGAAAGAUCAUUUAAAUAAGUGGCCUGUGGCAGGUUUUCAACCAAUUCAUACACCGGUGUAGAAUAGUUGAAAAUUAUAUCGUUAGAAACUGUUUACUCUGAAGAUGUGAUGUAAAUAUUUUGUAAUUUGGAGCGUUGUUUUCGUUGUAUGUACAUAAAAAUGAGAAU